UGGGAUAUAUUGAGAAACAAUCUGUCACAUGUUGAGAAGUGUUUCUAAUUUCUUCCUACAUCAUUAUCUUGAUUUGUUUUACAAAACAAGAUAAAGUAGUGUAAACUUUUGUUUAUUUAUGAUAAGGAUGAGUCAUUAAAAGCUGGAUAAUAAAAAGUAUUAUAAAUAGUUAUAUAAUGAUGGUUGUUUGCGACAUCAAGGACACUAAUUUCGCUUACCUAUUUAUAUGACUGUACUUUGCUUUUGAGUAUGUUAAUUAUAUGAAAUUCUGAGAUUCUUAAAUCAGGGAUGUAAUAUUAAUGCAUUUGAGGAAGCCAUCUAUAUAGUUUACCAAAGAUAUAGUUGUAUCCAAGUGCCUGCUCUGCAAGAAAAACUGACCAUAGUUUAACUGUUGGAAUACGCAUGUAAUGGAAGCGGCAUAAACUAUCCUGGUUUUUGACAGCUGUAAUAUCAAAUCAUCUAAGCCAUGGGAAACUUUGGUGGUCAUGCUCUCCCAGGAUCAUUCUUCAUUGUUUUUGCUGUCUGGUGGUCCAUACAGAUGUUCCAUCGUUAUUACUCAGCGAGGAAGAGUAAUUCGAAAUUUACCUCAACAGCCAUAUUUAAAUGUUCCUGUCUGUGUGGAAAAUGGAAGGAUCUACCAGUUGAAGCUUACUUAAAGCUGAUAUUCGUAUCAGUAGGAUUUUUUCUUGAAAUUUACACAGGAUUUUCCAAAGAGUGGCGUUUUGUUAAUCUAGGAAAUGGGCAACAUGCAACUAUGUUUUUCUUCUUCGGAUUCACAGGUGUUGUAGAUAUAUUAAUGUAUUAUAAAUGUCCGUUACCUCCAAAUAUGGACUAUAUUGCAAUGGCUAUGGCAGUAACCUGUGAAUUCGUACUUUUUAAAUUCCAUUUACAUGGACGGACAGAUUUAGACGUUCUCCUACACACGCUGUUGAUAUAUGUAAUAGUUGGAGCAAUCAUAUCAGUUUUACUAGAAAUGAAGUAUAGAAACAGUUUACCAUGUGCUCUUGCACGAUCAUACAUGACACUUUUACAGGGUACCUGGUUUUGGCAGGUGGGUUGGAUAUUAUAUCCACCGUUUAAGAGUUCAUUUCAUUGGAAUGAGGACGAUCAUGACCAAAUGAUGAUAGCGACUAUGAUAUUUGCAUGGCAUGGGGCAGUAGACAUGCUUGUUAUUCUUGGACUUGGCGGCAUUGUAGCUGCCUAUCAUCGUAAAUUUGGCUCAUAUAUGGAAGAGGAAGGGAUAGCAAUGAAACGCCUUAUACAUACAUCAAGUAAUGGCGACACAGUUGUCCGGUUGAACGAUGAUGACAGUGAGAGUGAUAUAGAGUUUGAAAAGCCCACAAGAAGUUUAUUGAACUAGAUACAUUCUAGCAGUUAGAUUUGUCAUACAUUGUCAUAGUUAGAUAGGAUUCUUUGAUAGCAUUUAUAUAUACAUAUGCUUGAUUUUCUGCCAUAUGAAAACAGCACACCUGGUUAGUCAAAUUUAGUUAGAGAUCUUUAUUGAAAUUUACACAGAUAUGUCAAAUACAGUUAAGGAUACUACUGAUUAAGAAGGAAAGAAAAAAGAUAGGUAUAUGUCACACAUAAUUGCUAUUUAUAAGCAGAUUUUUUAAUGCUCCCUUCUAAAUAGAGAACAACACAUUGGUCCACAGUGUCUCUUAGGAUGAUUGUGUUAAGUAAAACACCCAUUAUUCUGUGGAUCAGUAAGGUCAGAGGUCGUGGUCAGAGACUAAAAAUAGCUUAUGAUCGGUAGCUAUAGAAUACUUACACAAUUACUGCCAUCAAGUGUCCUGGCAUGAUUUUUAGCUCAUUGAUUUUUUGAAAAAAAAUGAUGAGUUAUUGUCAUCACUUGAGCGGUUGUCGGCAUCGGCGUCGGUGUUGCCUGGUUAAGUUUUACGUUUAGGUCAGCUUUUCUCCUAAACUAUCAGAGCUAUUGCUUUGAAACUUGGAAUACUUGUUCACCAUCAUAAGCUGACCCUGUAUAGCAAGAAACAUAACUCCAUCUUGCUUUUUGCAAGAUUUAUGGCCCCUUUUGUACUUAGAAAAUAUCAGAUUUCUUGGUUAAGUUUUAUGUUUAGGUCAACUUUUCUCCUAAACUAUCAAAGCUAUUGCUUUGAAACUUGGAAUACUUGUUCACCAUCAUAAGCAGACCCUGUACAUCAAGAAACAUAACUCCAUCUUGCUUUUUGCAAGAUUUAUUGCCCCUUUUGGACUUAGAAAAUCAGUUUUCUUGGUUAAGUUUAUGUUUAGGUCAGCUUUUAUCCUAAACUUUCAAAGCUAUUGCUUUAAAACUUGCAACACUUGUUCACCAUCAUAAGUUGACCCUGUACAGCAAGAAACAUAACUCCGUCCUGCUUUUUGCAAGAUUUAUGGCCCCUUUUGGACUUAGAAAAUAUCAGAUUUCUUGGUUAAGUUUUAUGUUUAGGUCAACUUUUUCUCUUAAACUAUCAAAGCUAUUGCUUUGAAACUUGCAACACUUGUUCACCAUCAUAAGUUGACCCUGUACAGCAAGCAACAUAACUCCAUCCUGCUUUUUGCAAUAAUUAUUGCCCCUUUUGGACUUAGAAAAUCAUUUUCUUGGUUGAGUAUUAUGUUUAAGUCAACUUUUCUCAUAAACUAUCAAAGCUAUUGCUUUAAAACUUGCAACAGUUUUUCACCAUCAUAAGUGGACACUGUACAUCAAGAAACAUAACUCUAUCCUGCUUUUUGCAAGAAUGAUGGCCCUUUUUAGACUUAGAAAAUCAUGGGUAGGACAAUAUUUCUAUUACACAAAAAAAUCAGAUGAGCGUCAGCACCCGCAAGGCGGUGCUCUUGUUUAAUGGUCAUUCUUAAGUAUGACAACUGUUUUUAGGAUCACAUGGUCAAAGUUGCACCAUACUCUUGGUUGAAAGUUACCUACCCUGUCACCUUUGACAGGAUAUCAUGGGGGUGUUAUAAACUGAUACUGUUUCUUUUCAUUUAAAGAGACAGUAUGAGAAAGCUUGCAGUUGUAAAGAACUUGUGUGGUGGACCUCCUGGUAAUGGAAACUUUUUCAAUUUUUGAAAUUUCUUGGUUUCUUUUUAAUUUGCCUUAUGAAAAAGAUUUUGAUUUUCCUUUGCAAUUUUUUACCCAUUCUGAGUACCAAAUAGUUGGAAAGAUUUUAAUUUUGACAUUGUUUUGUUGAAUGAUUUUUGCAAAACUUACAAAAUACCUUAGUUUUAAGCUACAUUUCCCUAGUAUGUAACAAGUUCGUAAAAUUUUGGAAGAAAAAUGAUAGUCCUGGCCAUAAAACUGACAUUGUUAAAGUACCCAAAAAAUUCUAAAAGGUUCCUACUACCAUCACUGCAGACAUUGAGAUAAAUGUAUUCAUAGCUUAAUGUAUAUCUGGAUAUUGCAAAAUAAGCAGAAAGUCAUGAAAACCCCAGAUUAGAUGGAUUUACUAAGCAGUACAUAUAGUGCUAACAUUAUGAUGAAUGUUUGAUGAAUCCUCCCCAGUAUUUUACAUUAUAUGAUUUAUAAUAGUUUAUUUAUAUACCAGAAAAUUAUUUUUAAAUUAUCAUUUUUGUAUAUUUUAAUGUCAUUUUGGAAGUCAUUUUCAGAAGAAAUCCAGUUAUGUAUGCAUUUCACUGUCACAAUAUGAAUCAGCAUUAUAUUUGUAGGGUCGUGUUAUAAUAGCAGGUUGUAUAAAUGUCAUAAUGUUAUUAUAUUUACCGGUAUAUCCUGCAAUAUUGUUUAGAAAUGUACAACUGUGUACUUAUUCUAGUCCUUACAAAAUACUAGAAUCCUGUAAACUUUGAUUUUUGUGUAUUUAUUAUUAAAUUCUUGUAUGACAUUUUUAAGUUUUCAUGAAUGUUUUUUAGUUGUGACAUUUGCAAUGGUUAUGGGGAUAUAUCUUUUUUUUCUUUUUUUUUAAAUUUAUUAAUCUUUAAAAUUGCCUUUUUUUAUUGUUGGGGUACAGUAAAACUGAUACAAGGUAUGUGUACUUUACCCAUUGUUGACCUACUAAAUUAUUUAUAGCCAUAAUUAUGGCUAUUUAUCAGUCAGGAGUGUAACUGUUUAAAGUUAUCGCAGUUUAUAACCCAUUUGAGUUAUUGCUUAUACUUUCAUAACUCUGUUUCAGUUAUCAUAAAAUAUUAUAAAGCCCUCCUGUGCCAAUUCCGUAUUUUGAAUGUGACUAAUGCUAUUAUUACCUGAAUCCUUGACGUUUUAUCUUUCCAGCUCUGCAGUAAAAAAUUUUACGCAAGGCUGAUAAAGUUUUACGCAAGAGUUUUAAAGCUAUAAAACUCUUAACAUCCCAUUAUGCUUAUCAGGUCAUGAUCAGACUAAAAGAGAAUUUGACUAAUCACAGUUUGCUACUAAUUUCACUAUAAAGGUCACUUUGUAAGAAGAGCAAAAAGACUUUUAUUGAAUAACUUACCCGAGUUAACAAUAUUUUAUAACUAAUACAGGUUAUAAAAUGCUUGAAAAAGUAACUGAAAUAGGUUACAUAACUUACAACAGUUACACCCCUGACUGUUUAUGUCUGCCAAUAGCUAUACAUAGCUAAUGUUGACCAUUUAUGUAAUGUGGACUUUAAAUUUGCCCAAUUUUAAUUUGCAUCUUGUAUCUCUUUAUCAUACCCUGUAUUCAGUAAAAGUAUUUUUUUAUUUCAAUAAUUUGCAAAGGACCGUGCAGGACCAGACUGUAUAUUUAAAGAUAUGUAUGUUCACAGUACAGUGAGGCAUAUCCAUUUGAUAGGCAUGCAUAAUAUAAGGGCACAUUGCACAUAAUUGGCAAAGGCAUGGGGACUUCAACCUUUAGCUUGCUGGUGGCAGGUAAUUCUGCCUGUGCGACCAGUGCAGACCAAGAUCAGCCUGCACAGCUGUGCAGUCUGAGCAUUGUCUGCACUGUUUGCAAUACAGUUGGUAAAUUUUCAGUGAACACCCCACUGAAUAAAGAGUACUUAUCUUAAUUGAUUUAUAUCAUUUAUGCAUUAAAAACUGAGAAAUGUAAAUUUAAUUUAGUGAGCAUCCCAUUAUGCUAAGCUUAUUUUAUUUGCUCAUUUUACAUCAUACAUGCAUUGCAGAUUUUGAGUUUCUGAGUUUCCCCUUGUUUUAUAUAUUAUGCGGGUAAAUAGUGUAUUAAGUUAAAGUAGUGCUUUGCAGAUUCUUGGUGUGUAAUUUUGUGCAUAGUAAUAAUCACAAGUUUUAUAUUGGGCCUGUAUCUCGUGUCUUCUAUGUGAAUUUUUGUUCCUUUAAUCCUUUAAACUGUGGGUAUUGUGUUAAAUUUAUUUCAGUGGUAUGAAAAAACUCCUACAGUAGAAAAAGACAGUUUCCAAAUACAAUAUACAUGCAUGAGGCAGAUCAGAUGUAUGAAGACAUGCAUUCUCAGGACUGUUUAAAAUUGUAUAGAAAACAGAAUUGUUCAUCUUUGCUGCUUUAAAUUGCUACUAAAAUAUAGUUUUAUAUCAGUGGACAAUUUUGAAAGAUAUCCUGUGAAAUCGUUUUAAUUUCGUGUUUUUUUUAGCUCACCUGUCACAUAGUGACAAAGUGAGCUUUUGUGAUCACCCUUCGUCCGUCGUCCGUCCGUCAACAAUUUCUUGUCUGCACGAUAGUGGUUUCAUUUAUGAUUUUAUUUUAACCAAACUUGCACACAACUUGUAUCACCACAAGAUCUCGGUUCUUUUCUUGAACUGGCCAGAUCCCAUUAUGGGUUCCAGAGUUAUGGCCCCUGAAAGGGCCAAAAUCAGCUAUUUUGACCUUGUCUGCACAAUAGCAGCUUUAUUUAUGAUUUGAUUUUUACCAAACUGGCACACAACUUGUAUCACCAUAAAAUCUUGGUUCCUUUCUUGAACUGGCCAGAUUCCAGUAUGGGUUCCAGAGUUAUGGCCCCUUAAAGGGCCAGAAUUAGCUAUUUUGACCUUGUCUGCACAAUAGCAGCUUCAUUUAUGAUUUUAUUUUAACCAAACUUGCACACAACUUGUAUCGCUAUAAGAUCUUGGUUCCUUUCUUGAACUGGCUAGAUUCCAUUAUGGGUUCCACAGUUAUGGCCCCUGAAAGGGCCAGAAUUAGCUAUUUUGACCUUUUCUGCACAAUAGCAGCUUCAUUUAUGAUUGGAUUUUAACCAAACUUGCACACAACUUGUAUCACCACAAGAUCUUGGUUCCUUUCUUGAACUGGCCAGAUUCCAUCAUGGGUUCCAGAGUUAUGGCCCCUUAAAGGUCCAAAAUUGGCUCUUUUGGCUUUUGCAGCCAUAUAGAGACUACAUUUAUGGUUUUAUUUGAUACAGACUUCCAAAAUAUCUUCAGCAACAAUAAAUCCUGGAUUCCAUGACAAAUCAGAUCCAGUCAUAGUUUCCAGAGUUAUUUUAUAUCUGAUUACCUCCCCUGAUUGUAGUCAAAAUGGAUUUAUAUCAGUAAGUACUUAUAGUACUUAUUGAAAUUUCAUUAUUGUCAUUAGUUGCACUGAGCCAAUCAGGAUAGAUAACUAUGGACUGAUUUUAUGUCAGAUUACCUCCCUUUAUUUCAAAUUAAAAUGGGUAUGUCUCCGUAACUAAUGAAGAUACUGAUCUGAAAUUUCAUUUAUGUCAACAGAUUUAUUUGGCAGAUCCUUCUUUUGUUCACUUACAAUAAUUUUCUUUUUGAUUACUUCCCUUUUACGUUACUAUAAAUAGCUUAUUUUUAGUAACUUUUUUAUUAUUGGCCGUAGGGAAAACCGAGACCACUUUUCUGUGGUACAACAUGGAUGGUACCUCCAAUUUUUAGGUGUAUUUUGACAUAUCUGUACCUUGUAAGAAUUUUGUUUUUCUGUUUGGUAAAAUUUCUUACUUUGUUGUUCCUGUCCUUUGGACUUAGAUAUUUUUUCUGAGGACCUUCUUGUCCUCAAGUGCAAUGAUAACAGGUGAGCGAUAUAGGGCCAUCAUGGCCCUCUUGUUUUAUCUUGGGAUAUGAGUUUGUGCAUGUAAACUUUUGAAUAGAAAAUGGAUGGGAACUUAAGUUGUUCAUUGGAAUUAAAUUUUCUUGAUUUUCUCAACCAUAAAUUAGUCGCCCAUGAAUAUUAUUGAUUUCACAGUAUAUGCAUACUGGUAUGUUUAAAAUGAUAUAAAAAGAUUAAAUGUAAAAAGAACUUUUUUCCUGAUUUCCCUUCGUAAAGUGUACAUAUUCUUUUUUUGAUUCAUAAGAGAUUAAUGGGGAAAAUGCAAUAGGGAGGUUGAAUCAAACAAUAAUUUCAUGUAUGCUUCAAUCAUACUGAACAAAUCAUCUUGUAUUAGUUCUGGGUUUGUUUUGUAUUGUCUAUAAUGUAAUCAAGUUACCCAGUCAUUUUUGUUUGACUGCUUCAGUUCCUAGCAUGUGAAAUGCAUUUAAUCAUUGUGAUCAAUGAAGCAUGUGUUUCUGUACAAGGUCUUUUUGUUGUAUUUUGUUGCUUUAAAGUUUGAUUAUGUGAUAAUACUGGGACAUAUUUUAAUACCUGUAAUGUGCAGGUGAAUUCACUUGUAAUUGCAUACAUUAACCAAAAUAUGACAGCUUAUUAUAUAUAAUGGCUUUUUAUUUACAUUCCAAAGAAUAUAAAUGUUUCAUUUCCAGCAUCAUUUUUCAAAGAAGAAAAUGAACAUAAAUAAAGUAAAUAGUGUCUUUACUUAUUGUACUCAUACAUUUAAAGUAAGUCUGUAAAGUUAGUAUCCUCAAGUAUUUUUUGUUGUAUAUGAAAGCUCCUUGACUUUGACCUAUUCCAGUAAAUCACAUACACCCUCUUGAAUGUGACAAUGUCAUUUUUGUCGAGCCCGCUUGCUGUGUCAGCUCGACUUAGUCGCCACUUUUGGCGGUUCAGUGUAUGUGCGUGCGUGCGUCCGAUUUUGUCCGGACCAUAACUUUGACAUGCAUGGAGCAAUCUUUACAUUUAGCAUGAAUGUUAACCUCAGUGAGAAGGAGUGUCAUGCACAAACCCCAUGUUCCUAUCUCAAAGGUCAAGGUCACGGAGGUCAAAGGACAAAUUGAAGAAUGAGUUUGUCCGGAGCAGUUCUUCUUAAUGCAUGGUAGGAUUUUGAUGUAACAUGGCAUGAAUGUUCACCAUUAUGAGAUGGAAUGUCAUGGGCAAUAACCGGGUCCCUAGUUGUAAGGUCAAGGUCACACUUAGAGGUCAAAGGUCAGAUACAAGAAUGACUGUCCGCAGCAUUUCUUUUUCAUGCAUAGAGGGAUUUUGAUGUAACUUAGCACAGUUGUUCAUCAUCAUGAGACGGAGUGUCAUGUGCAAGAACCUAGAAUUACUUCCCUUUGUUGUUACUAUAAAUAGCUUAUUGUAAUUUUUUAUUACUGGUCGUAUGGAAUUCUGUAGUACAACAUGCAUGUUACAUCCAAUUUUAAGGUGUAUUAUGACCUAUCUCUACUGGUUAGGAUUUUUAUGUGGACUUAAGACUUUUUUUUGCACUCCCAGCCCUUCUGACAGCUGGUAGGCUUGACAUGUUGCCCGUGGACAUCUUGUAUUAAGUGAAAAGAUACAUUUAACUAUUAAUUAUUAAAGUCUUGGCAAAAAAAUGAUGUAUUUACACAACUUUUCAAGAACUUUUACUAAUACUAAAGUUGGUUCAUUUCCAUGUUUUGAAGUAAAAAGUUUUGUUUAUCUAUAUACAUACGAAUAUUUCUUCGUAAUCAUGCAAGUAGGAAAUUUCUAACCUAGCUUUCCUUAAAAGGUUGUCAAUCUCAAUCAAGCUGUGUUUUAUGACAUUUUUUCACUUUUUAUAUCUUUUGAUAGAGGUUCUUAAUAUUUAAGGAACAAACAGUUCUGUUACAUACAGUUAGAUCCCUAUAAGAACUUUAUGCUUUAUUGUCUUAUAUUUAUGUUUUCAUCCAAACAUAUUGAGACAUAUUGUCAACAAACUAACCAAAAUACAUGGUUGAAAAUGGCUUGUAGCUUCAUAAUUAAUAUAAUUCCAAUCUGUCUAGGUUGUGUAAACAAGAUAAGCAAAUGUGUGGUGUUAUUAUAUUUGUAUUCCUAAUGGAUUUCUGCUAAACAUUUAAUUGUCAGUGCAAAUCUGUGAUAUUGGUAAUAAAAUUCUUAUAUUCAUACCAUAUUUUUAGGCAAAGUUUUUUUUAUCAACUUUAUACUAAUGCCAAAAAGCCUGUAUCUUUCUUGGGCAACCUGAGGCUUUAAAAAUACAUUUUGUAUCUGAAAUGAAAGUCUAGCAUAUGUUAAGCACUCAGUGAAUACUCUAUCAAUAAGCUUAAAAUAUAAAUGAACAGCUGUGUUUUUGUUUGUUUUUGUUUUAAUAUAUCCAAUACUUGACCAAAGUCAGGUUGACCUUUAUCACAGCAAAGUUUUAACAUUCAGAAUGCUAUAUUUUUAUUUACCCUACUGUUCCAUAUUAACAGGAAGUAAACAAACAGCUGGUAUAUAGUUACGGUGAAAUGUCUAUAUUAAUCUUUAGUUGUGCCUCUUAUGAUAAUAAAGAUGAUAUUUGUAUUGUAAAAACUUGUACUUUAAUUGUAACAGUGUCAGCCUCUGAAAUUUAUAUUGCAGGAAUUUACUGAAAUUGUAAUAAUAUAAAUUAACAUAGAUAAAGUUUGUUUGGUGUGCAUGUUUUUUUGCUGUGAUUUUUGCGGGUGCACUAAGAUUUGUUCAUGUCUGAAUGCCCGUCCAUAUCUCAAGAAGUAUUUGACCUUGAGUCAACAAGCAUUUUUCAGCAGGUUAAGUUGUGCACCUGGCAUUUUGUUUAAGAUUUCACUCAACAAGACCAGAGUUAAGGCCCACUGACUUAGUCAAAUUUAUGCUUAAAUGACCUAAAUGUUUAUGUCACCCAUAUCUCAGGAAGUAUGUGACCUAGUCAUGAUACCUUAUAGCAAUAUUAAAUAUUUAGCUUGUAAGGUUAUGCUUGUGGGGUUUUGUUUGGGAUUUCACUUGGCAAGGCUAGAGUUAUGACCCUUGACUUAGUCAUAAAUAUACAUGAAGGGCUUAAACGUUUGUUUUGCACAUAUCUCAAGUAUUAUUUGACCUAGAAUCAUGAAACUGAUUAGUUAUGCUAAUGAACAUGUGAAGUUGUGCAUCUUGUGUUUUAUUUGGGAUUUCCACCACCAUCCCCUUUUAUUUUACUGUUUCAGUUUUUUCUUUUCUCUUGUGUUUCUUAUUGAUGUUUUGGGGUGUCCCCCUCUCUCCCUAUCAGGCAGAUACACUCCAAGAAGUAACAUAUGGCUGUACAGUGACAGUAAUUGGAGGCACAUUUAAUUUUACCACUUUGCUUCCUCUUUAAAGAUGGAUUGAACUGUGCAUCUAUCAUUUUUUCUAUGCAAUAUUUCUUCCAAAGACCGUUUGUUUAAAUACAUUUUGUUUCACUGCUAAGGGAUCAAAACUUUGCUAAGAGUGUAGAAUUCUUUUAUUUGAGUAAGCUGUCCAACUGAUAUAUUGAGGGAUCGUUCUCCACCAUCAAAAUCUAGAAAGUUUCCAUAAUUACUUUUAAUUGUGUUGCUAUGACGUUAAACUAUAAAAAAAGAAAAUACACCACAGAUGUAAUAAAUGUCUAUUGUUUCUUUUUCUUUUUUAGAUAUACAUAAUGCAUAAUAAUGAGUACUUAUUUUUGAGGAUGAAAAUGUGAACGGCAAAGCAAUUAAAAAUAUUAGUUCUGAGUAAGAAGUGUUCUUUCAUGAAGUAUGUUUGUUUAUUGAUAAAAAUAAAAGAAGAAUAGUAGAAGAAUAAUGUUAUGUUUGAAACUGCGUACAAGACAUACUUAAACAUUUUUUAUGCCCCCGAAAGGAGGCAUAUUAGUUUUCAACUGUCCGUCCGUUCGUUCUUUAGUUUGUUUGUCACAACGUUAACUUUUUGCAUGAAGGCACUUUACUCGCGAACCGCUGCACCCAGGACCUUCAAACUUCACAUGCUGAUAGUACUUAUUGGGUGCACGGCCCCUACUGACUUUGGGGUCACCAGAUCAAAGGUCAAGGUCACAGGGGCCAACGUUAACUUUUUGCAUGAAGGCACUUUACUCGCGAACUGCUGCACCCAGGACCUUCAAACUUCACAUGCUGAUAGUACUUACUAAGAACACGACCUCUACUGACUUUGGGGUCACCAGAUCAAGGGUCAAGGUCACAGGGGCCAACGUUAACUUUUUGUAUGAAGGCACUUUACUCGCGAACCGCUGCACCCAGGACCUUCAAACUUCAUGUGCUGUUAGUACUUAUUGAGUACAUGACCCCUACUGACUUUUAGGUCACCAGGUCAAAGGUCAAGGUCACAGGGGCCAACGUUAACCUUUUGCAUGAAGGCACUUUACUCGCAAACCACUGCAUCCAGGACCUUCAAACUUCACAUGCUGAUAGUACUUAUUGAGUACACGACCCCUACUGACUUUGGGGUCACCAGGUCAAAGGUCAAGGUCACAGGGGCCUACGUUAACUUUUUGCAUGAAGGCACUUUACUCGCGAACCACUGCACCCAGGACCUUCAAACUUCACAUGCUGAUAGUAUUUAUUGAGUACACGGCUCCUACUGACUUUGGGGCCACCAUUUCAAAGGUCAGGGUCUAAGAGGCCAACGUUAACUUCUUGCAUGAAAGCACUUUACUCGUGAACUGCUGCACCCAGGACCUUCAAACUUCACAUGCUGAUAGUACUUAUUGAGUACAUGACCCCUACUGACUUUGGGGUCACCAGGUCAAAGGUCAAAGUCACAGGGGCCAACUUUAACUUUUUGCAUGAAGGCACUUUACUCGCGAACCACUGCACCCGGACUUUCAAACUUCACAUGCUGAUAGUACUUAUUGAGUACACGACCCCUAUUGACUUUUGGGUCACCAGGUCAAAGGUCAAGGUCAUCAGGUCAAAGGUCAAGGCACUGUGGGGGCAUUUGUCACCAUUAGUGACAGCUCUUGUUUAUUUUAUAUCCUUUGAAAUGGUUUUCUUGUUCUAUCAUUUGACUCUUUAAAGAGAGGUUGAACUUAAUGGUAACUUAGAAAGAUAAAAUAAUUAAUAUUUUAUUUAAAAUUUGAGAUCACUCUAAUUCCUAUAGUUAAGAUUUUUACACACAUUCCACAACCUUGAUUGCAAUUAAUAUUUUCAUGGAGGCAUUCCUGUCUGUUACAUAUUAAAUAUUAGUUGGUCUCCAAGACUUAAAUCCAUAUAUUUAAUGGAGAAAACAUGUACUGUAAAUAUAAACUUUAAGGUUCAUAUUUGGGAAAAUAAAGUUUAACAGGUACUUAAACCUUAUCAGGGUUUGACCAAACAUUGCUGAAGAAAACCUGAGGUGAAGUCUGUAACUCUGUAUUAAUAUAAAUCAUCCUCACUCUUAUGAUAUGCCAUAAAUAUUGUGUACUUUGGCUUUAAAAUUCAAGCUAGAUUAUUUUCUCCUGUGCUUAAAUUUUCUAAGAAUUUAAUUCAGGUAUUUCCUUAAUUCUGUGCUUUUCCUGGUUUAAGAAAAGCAUUUGUCACUAAUUACAUAAACAGUCUUUCUGGAGUUAAAGGUAGCCAGGUAGUCUUUUUGAAGUAAAAAUAUUAGCCAUUUGUUGCCAAAACAGUCCUUUUGAAGUAGAAAUAUUAACCACAUGUUGACUAUACCUCUUUUUAAAGGAAAAGCAUUAGCCAUUUGUUGUUGCCGAAGCAGUCUUUUUGGAGUAAAACAUUAGCCAUGUUUUGCCUAAACUAUAUUUUGAAGUCAAAUUACUAGCCAGAUGCUGCCUAUUAAACAGUCUUUUUUGGAGUAAAAACAUAAGCACUUCUUGCCUAAACAGUCUAUUUGGAGUGAAAAAAAAAAAACAAGCACUCUUUGCCUAACAGUCAUUUUACCUAAACAGUGUAUGCUUGGUAGUUGCUAUCCAUUUUCAUUGUGUAAGGUCAUUGGAAUGAAAAAUGCUGGUUACAAGGGUCUUAAGUUUCCAAUUUAAUAUAACUUAGAUACAUGAUAUUGUAUGAAAAUGUUAAAUCAUUGUAUGUUUUGCCAUAGGCCUAGCUAUUUAAUUAUAAAUUAUAAGAGUAUUGAUCAAAACCAUCAGAUGUUUCUAUGUUUUAAUUAUCUACGAUAUAUUUCCUUGGAGAUAUCCUUGAUUUACAUAAAAUUGCUCUUAAGAUUGUGUUCGGGAUUCAUGUCAUUAAAAAGGCGGAAACAUUUCAGACAGACUAAAAGGAAAUUCUGUACAGGAAAUCACAAUACAGAUGUUAUUUCAUAUCUUGACUUUAAAACAACACUUCCUUACUUCUGGUGAAAUAACAAAAGGUUAUGCCAUUUUUGCAUUCAGUUUUAAGAUAUUUACAUUUUCAUCAGUUUCAUUAAAUAGAUCCCCUUAAAUAUGUGAAAACAGAGCAGUUAACUUUUUAUGCUCCCACGUUUAUGUUGGUGGCAUACAGUUUUGCUACUGUCCAUAUGUCCAUCUGUCCAUACUUCUCAAAAUCUUUUGUGUCCAACUACUCCCACACUAUUAGCUUGAUUUACUUGAAACUUUUACAGAUGAACACGCUUAAUAUGCAGUCUCAUGACCAUAAAGGAACUUUUGCUGUGACUUUUUUACCACAGUUAUGGCCCUUUGAUAGUUUUGCUGUAUAAAGUAUAGAGAAAAAUCUUGUUUGUCCAACUCCUCAAACACAACUGAAAGGAUAUGUGUGAAAGUUUCACAGAUGAAGAGCCUUAAUGUGAAGAUUACUACAAAUAAAAGACUUUUUCUGGGGAUUUUAUGGCCCUUUAUUAAUUUCACAAAAUAGGCCACAGUGAAGAAAUUUGGUGUAUUCAACUCCUCACUUUUAAGGAAUGGGUUCGAAGUUGCUCAGGUGCACAACCUUAUCUGGAUACAAUUUGCUUCAAACGUUUAGUCAAACAAUCUUCAUGUGAAAAUGGUCUGUACUAAGACUUUUGCUAUUACAGGAUGAUGCAGUAUGAGUUUUUGUUCUGUUAUUAAUUAAAGUAAACAUUUUACUUCGUAGAACUUUUGCUUUCAGUUAGUCUAUACUUUGCGAAUAUCUAAAGGCAGAAAGUAACUACCAAUUCUUCAAGUGACUGCUAUGUGAAUUAUCUGUUAAUGCUAUGUGAAUUAUCUAUUAAUGCCAUGUGAAUUUGUCUGUGGAUGCUAUUUAAUCAGUCGGGUUAACUGCCUUGUAAGUGUUUAGUGACUGCUAUGUGAUCAGUCAGUGACUACUCUAUCAUCAGUCACUGAUUGCUUUGUAAAAAGCACAUUGUUUAUGUCUUAUCACGUCUGCAUAAAACCAUUUUUUGUACUGUUGAAGACCUUUCUUUUUUUUGAAAGCAGGUAAACUAUAUCCAACAUUACCCAGGAAGUUCCUCAUAUAGAUUUGGCCUCAUUUAACUGGGGGCUAGUUUUAUACUGAGUGUUACAACUUACAAUAGAAUUUGUAAGCUGAGAGAAGUGACUAUGUGACUUUACAUCUUUAGACAAAAUAGGACGAAAUCUUGUUUAUCUUUGUUUUGAAAGCAGUCCAGUUAUGAUGACCACUUCUUGGCAAUUUAGGAAAUAGUGUUUUGAAAAAUGCCAGUUAAAUUGUUUACAAACAAAAAUGUAUAUGUUUCAGUUUGAAUGAAAUAUGUUCAAGAAAUGCAAAUACAAUGAAUAAAAAUAUGAUGUGAAAGUUCGAUGUCCCAGGAAACAGUAAUCUUGGGGGUAGUUUUCCAAAUCCUGUGUUUUAGAAUCUUGUUGUAAGGUUCCUGCUGAAUAAACUGUGAUUCCAUUUGAGCCGUGCCAUGAGAAAACCAACAUAGUGGGUUUGCGACCAGCAUGGAUCCACGCUGUUUGCUUUUAAAACGUAUUGGAAUCAGAGAAACUGUUAGCGAACAGCAUGGAUCCUGACCAGACUGCGUGGAUGCGCAGGCUCGGAUCUGGAUCCAUGCUGGCCGCAAAGCCACUAUGUUGGUUUUCUCAUGGCAUGGCUCAUUUAUCAUUGAAUCUUGUAUACAUUUCAUGCAUUCUGUCUAUACUGCUUGAAAUACUUUAUUGAUCAUUACAUCAUAACAUCAUAUAGUCUUACAGAAUAUUUUGUUUUGGAUAUUGUUGUUGGCAUAAAUUGUUUGUUCUGUUAGUGUUGAUGUUAUGAUAUUGUUAUAUAUUUAAUGUUUGUAUUGAAGAGAUGAUACUGUGUAUUUACUUCAAUAGUGUUUUUAAAUCAAAGUUGAAUGCUAGUUGUACUUCAUUCUCUUUCUUGAACUUAAGUUUGUAUCAUGUUGCAAAAAUAACAUAACAAAAAUCUCUUGACCAAUUUUGGCACAACUGGUGCUUAUUGAACUGCAUAAUUAAAAACUCCUUCAUGUAUUAUAUCACAACCUCGAAGUUGUACAAAGUGUUUAAGGACAGCUUGAGUAUAGAAAGUUACCCUUGCAUUGUCAUAAGAUGCGACUGAUAGGGUCUUAUAUCUGGUUUUGCUGUACCUCUAUGAUUCCAUCAGGUAUUGAAGUUUUUAUGCUAUAUAUCAUGUCUAUUUUGAUACAUUUGAGAUGUGAAACCAAACUUUUUAGUCUUUUUUGCCGCCAUAUAACUUGUACUGGGUUGGUGUGCCCUAAAACCUAAGUAAUUAACAAGAACCUCUCAAUUAUUUUUUUCAAAAAUAGAAAACCAGUAAAUUAGAUAACCUGCAGUAAUUUUAUAGAUUAUACAGUACAACCUCUCCUGAGCGGCCCUCUCUUAAGCAAAAACCUCUCUAUAGCAACAUCAUCAAAAAUUUCCCUAACCUGAAAUAUACUAUUAAAUUUACUUCUCCAGAACAACAACCUCUACAUAACAGUCAAUUUAUAUCUCCCAAAGGGUGUUGCUCUACAGAGGUUCCACUGUAUAGACCUUGGAGUCAGUUCAGUUACCUGACCCCAUUAAAUCGUUUGAUGCCCUUACUGAAAAAAGCAUACGCAAGUGAAUUUUUAAUCCUUUCUUUGAGACUGUAUUAAUUAUGACUUACUAGUAAUUAUUCAUCUUUGCUCAAUAGUCUUUCCAUAUUGACACAAUAUUUAGCUGAGACACAAAGCAAUAAGUCAAAAUCUUUCCAUUUAUGUUUAAAAUAUUUUUAUUAAAUUAUUUUUUCUACCUCAAGAUCUUUAUGUCCAGACUUGUGACUUAAUAAUGUCAGUGAAAUAUUUUAGGUAAUCAUAGUAUAUUUGUCCAAGAGGGUUUAUUUUCAGAAAGUAUGUUUUACAUUACUGAAACAAAUGUAAAAAACUUGAUGGUUGUUCUUGGCAGCAUGUCAUACUAUACAGCGGUGUACUCAUCCUUCGUACUUUUAACAGGAAUUAAGAACAAAUCAUAUGCUACGCAAUACGUUAAACUCCCAUUUCGUGCAGUAGAUUGACCACAAGGCUGUAGACUAAAAGGUCUCUAGUUUCAUAACGGGCGAGGGCAGUUUGAGACAAUAUGCUAAACGUUGUUUGAUUCAUAUUAUGAUUCUUUUUGAAGUUGUAACUAUACGGCAAUAAGUUGGCUCCAUUUCAGGGAAACUAGACAUGAAAGUUGACCACCGUCUCAUAAGUGAAAAACUGUUAAAACCUCUUUUUAAACCCAUACCAAGCAAAUCAUUGUGACACAGUGCAAAUAUUAAACACUUACUAAGGGUAUAUGAUUCGUCUUGCACUUUGAUAAAGGUUGAACAGUUUAUAUCCAUACUUGUAAUGUCGCUAGUACAAACAAUAUAAAACAAACAAUAUCUUAAGAAAAUGUGGGUAUUUAGGAGUCAAUUUCUUAUAUAAACAUGGGAAGACUAUCUGAUCUUAUUGAUAUGGUUAUAGUUUAACAUUGGGAACAGCAUUAAACAUGAGGGUUAAAAGUCCCUAGACUUCAUAUAUUACGAGAUUUUCCUAUUGUGAUGAAUACCCCGUAGUACAAUCUGAAGAAGAAAAAGAUGCUGUUUAUAUGUACUCCUGUCUGUGUACAUGAUUUGAGAAAACUUUGUUCAGAUUCUUCUAAGAUAAUCCUUAUUGAAGAUGUCAUGAAGGUUUUGUGAUUGAGUUUUCUGAAGAUCUAGUUUAUCCUUUGUCUUAGUAUUACUUCUUAUGGUUAAAAAGUGAUAUAUCUACCCAAAACAGUUGUUUGCUAUGGUAGUCCGUUCGUCUGUCACAAAAUCACGCUCCCCCCCCCCUUUCACUUUUUACCCCCUUGGACGAUUUUAAAAAUUAUUUUUGGUACUGUAUUUAUCGCGUUGAACGCACAUUUCAUUCAUGUGGGUUCAAGGUCAAGGUCAGAUGUACAGAUGUAGUAAUUGUGUCUGUUGUACAUCUUUUUAUCACUUUGAAGCAUUUUCAAAUUACACACUGCAAAUGUUUGCCAAAACGUGACAACGUGUACUUUCAGUCAUGUCAGAUCAAGGUCAGGGUCAGGUGGUAAGUCCACGUGUCAGCGCCGUAUCUUUUUAACCAAAUAACUAAGUACAAUUGUAAAUAUGAGGCGAUUUGCAGAAUGCAAUCUUCAUUUGCAUUGAAAUGGAGUGUAACAGGGUUAUUAGGUUUAUAUUCGCAUCACUUUUUGAAAUAAAAUCAUUUAAUUGGUAUAACAUAGACAGUUAACAGCAAGGUUAAAAGUCAAAUUCUGAUUCUGUAUAGUAGUUUAAGGUAUUUUUUGUUAAUUACAUGUAGGCAAUAUUUGGACAAUAAACUGUUAGAUGUUAGAGUAUGAAUGAUAAUAUUGUGUAUUGUUUUGAAAUGUCGGUGUUAGUUUUAUCUAUUUAUUUUUGACCAGCUUGGUCGUGAAUUCCAGAAAUAAAGUACAUAUCAUUAUAAUAACAAA